ACAAUUCUCCUUUUUUGGUAUCCGCUACGGUCAGGCAAUCGGCUAAUCCUACAGGCUACCAUUAUUCUCCGUUGAUUCUCUCUGCUAAUUCGUCACUUUGUGUCGCCACGUUAAUUGACUCAUUUCCUCUGUUCUUCAUUUCCCAUUUUACUAUUUACAUUUUCCCUCUCCGAUCUGGUUUACCAGCCCCUCAGAACCAGCUAGAUUUCAAGUUCUUCCACUUGGGUUGACUCUCUUUCUCUCUCUUAAUUACUGUUCUCUUUCCUGCUUAUUCAAUGUCUUUUUUUUUCUUACCCAGCUAUAUCUGCAGUGCCAUAAUCCUGUUCACUUUCUUCUUGCCGUUUUCCCCAUCUCCGGUGACCUCCAUUGCAAACCCAGUUUUCCUUUUCUGUUUUUUCAAGGUCUUUCUUGCUUCUACAUACGCAAAACCACCAUUUUCACCUACCCUUUCCUCAACUUCUCAUUUCCCCAUUGUAUUUUCUUUGUAGAUUCUCUCUAUUUCUCUCUCCCCCUCAUAAAUUAGCUUUUUGUCUGGUCUUUAUCUUGCAUUUUCUUGCAUUUUCUUCUACCAUUCCCUAAAUCGUUGCUGACCCUUUGAGCCUGCUCCCCUUUUGUUAUAACCUUCUUUUGCCUCCGAGAGAAUCUGGGAUUGGAGGGUCUGGUUUGUUUCAGGUCGAUUUUGGGCUAUCUAUGCUUAUUGGGUCUCUGUUGGUUAAAAUAGAAGCCCUUUCUCUGCUUCUGUGGGAUCUUAAAGAGGAAGAUCAAGGGGGUUAGGCUAGAUCUGUUGAAAGGUUGGAAUGUCUUGAUUUAUCUGCGGCUGGAACUUAGGGGGCUGAACCAGUUCAUUAGUUUUGGCAUCUUGAGGAUCAGCCGUCAGCUAUGUCAUCUGGAAGUAGUAAUUUGAAUACAGAAUUGUCAAAGAAAACACCUUUCCUUGGUUUGUCCCUAUGGGUUUUGAUAUGCUUAUGUGUUGGUGCAUUUAUUGUUUUGAUUCUCGGUAUAUUAUCUGUAUGGGUGAUGUUUCGAAGAAAAACAAGGAGAUCCCCAGAAAACUUCUCUAUUUCUCAAAUACCAAAUGUCUCAAAGGAUAUUAAGGUGGACCGAGUUGCGACUCAAUCUGCCCACCACAAUCAUCUUGAGAGCCUUUACCUUUCCGUUCAUGAUAAAUCAAGUGAGAAGAACUCAGAGAAGAUGAUUGGUCAUUUGGGUAUGAGCAAGUCUAGUGAUCCUGAUAACAUAAGCCAAUGCAGCUCCAAUUAUCAUCAUGAAAGGGUUUUCAGCUCACAUUCAGGAGAAGAAGGAAGCUCUGGGACUGUUAGAAAGCAGUCUUCCAUUUCAUAUGGAGGGUAUGGGGGCCUUGUGACUGCCUCUCCUCUUGUUGGCUUGCCUGAAAUUUCACAUCUUGGUUGGGGUCACUGGUUUACACUCAGGGAUCUAGAAUUUGCGACGAAUCGUUUCUGUGCAGACAAUGUGCUUGGGGAAGGGGGUUAUGGGGUUGUCUACAAAGGCAGACUGAUAAAUGGAACUGAGGUUGCAGUCAAGAAACUUCUCAAUAAUCUGGGACAAGCAGAGAAAGAAUUUAGAGUUGAAGUGGAGGCAAUUGGUCAUGUAAGACACAAGAAUCUUGUACGGCUCCUUGGCUAUUGCAUAGAAGGGGUUCAUAGGAUGCUGGUCUAUGAAUAUGUGAACAAUGGGAACUUAGAGCAAUGGUUACAUGGGGCUAUGCGGCAACAUGGCACCCUUACUUGGGAGGCUCGAAUGAAGGUGCUUCUUGGCACUGCCAAGGCGCUAGCAUAUUUACACGAAGCAAUUGAACCGAAGGUUGUCCACAGAGACAUAAAAUCGAGCAACAUCUUAAUUGAUGAUGAAUUUAAUGCAAAGGUUUCAGAUUUUGGAUUGGCCAAACUUUUGGAUGCAGGAGAGAGUCACAUCACAACAAGAGUGAUGGGAACAUUUGGGUAUGUGGCGCCAGAAUAUGCCAACACUGGCUUGUUAAAUGAGAAGAGCGACAUUUAUAGCUUUGGUGUUCUCCUUCUAGAAGCAAUUACAGGAAGAGACCCGGUGGACUAUGGCCGUCCUGCUAAUGAGGUUAAUCUUGUUGAGUGGUUAAAAGUGAUGGUUGGCACGAGGAGAGCUGAGGAAGUUAUUGACCCAAGUCUUGAAACUAAACCUUCUACACGAGCGUUGAAACGUGCCCUUCUGAUUGCGCUUAGGUGUGUGGAUCCUGAGGCAGAUAAGAGACCAAAAAUGACCCAAGUUGUUAGGAUGCUUGAGGCUGAUGACUACCCAUCACGUGAGGAUCGGCGGAGCCAAAAGAGCAGCACAGCAAACUCAGAGAUCGAAUCCAGUCAAGGUGAGGUUGGAAGUAAACCAGGGGAAUCACAAAGCAGACGGGUAGACGCAUGAAUGGUUUGAAAUACUAGCUCUUCCUCUUGUGAGCGCUAUCAUGCAGUAGAAAGCUUUUAAAAGGAUUGAAAUUGGCUUGGAGAAUUUUUUCCAAUGUGAAGAAUGAGCAGUUGGAUGGCUGUUUCAUAGUACAUAUCACUGCACUGGGGAUUGAAAAAGGUGAGCACCCUUUUAGAUAUAAGAUAAAAUUAAUAGAGAGAGAGAAAUGUUUUGCAGACAAUGGUUGAAGCCACUUGCUCUAUCAUCUCCUCUUUCACAUGAAUGUAAUUUCUUCCCCCUCCCUCUUUUUUUUGAGAGAACAGAACUCUUUUUUUCUUCUUCUUCUUUCUUUUAAAUUGUUGGUUCACUUACCAUUUGUUAUUAUAAUUAUUUUUUUUUGGAAAAAAAAUUAUUUUGAAUUCUCUAUGUUAAAUGAAGGUAUCAAAAUGUUGAAGCAACAA